AUGGAUGGUGCGGCCAAGAAGGAUGACAGCCUCGAAAAUGGUGAUGAGAAGGUGACACUGCUGGGUGGCAAACAGCGGCGCGAAUGCUCUUGGACUUGCGGUGCCGCAGAGUUCCUCGAUGACUUGGCAGGAGCCAUUGGCUACAAACUCCUUUUCCUGCUUUUUGUUGUGGAGCAUGUCAAUAGAGGAUUUGUGGCCGACUUCUCUGGUCAAGCGGAGUCGUACGUGUACAAGACGUAUGCCGUGCCUGCUCCGCGAGUUCAAAUCUACUCAGGCAUCUCGAAGCUCCCUUGGGCUUUGAAGCCGGUGGUGGGCCUCAUCAGCGACGUGAUGCCCAUAUGUGGCUACCACAAGGCCCCGUACAUGAUCGGAGCGGUUUUCGUUGGCAGUGCUGCCUUCCUCGCUGUGGGCGCUGUGCCGCACAGCAUGCUUCCGGUGUCUCUGCUGGUGGUUUGUAUCUUCCUGCAGCAGUCGCAGUUGUCGGUGUGCGAUAUCCUGGCUGAAGCUGCCCGGCAUCUUUCCGGCUUGACUUGUGAGACCUGCUUGCAACUAAAGCCGCAGCUGGGUGUUGCAUUGGCUGAGGCAAGAUAUGCGCAGCAGAUACAGGAAGUCCCAGCCUUCGGAUCGCAUGUGCUGAGCCCUCUGGUUGCAUACCGUCUUGUCUCCCAGCCAUCUGUUGAACGGGCCAACGGACAGCCCUUUGCAGCUACGAUGUGCGCAGGCUUCGUAUGGUUUGGUAUGAACGCGGGGUCUGUGCUGGGCGUCUUAUUGUCCGGCCUCCUCCUCGCCAACGCAUCGCCAAAGCUGCCUUUCCUGAUCUCUGCGGAGUUCUCAGACGGGAGGGCAGUGUGCAGUGACUCAGAUGACUGGGAUGCGUUGUUGCCUGCUCAAGCUGAGGCCCUGCCAGCCGCAAUGGCCGCGGCCUCGGAGGGCCACAAUCCAGAGACUAUCCGAUCAUUCCAGUGCCAGGUGCUGAUCCCUUUGUUUUAUGGCUGUCUUGAAGAAAAGAUGGUGCGAUCAGAAGAAACGGCCGAAAGAAGGAAGAAAUUCUAUGCGCAGAGGGAGGCCUGCUUUUUGAGUUUGUUGAUCUGCGUGGUUUGCAUAGGUUUGACUGCUUGUGGGCUGAUUUCUUCAAGCACGCGUGUCAACGCGAUCGCCGCCACCAUCGCUUUCUUUGUGGUGGGCUUCUUCUUUAGCGUAUUUCUCUCCCCGGCAAUAGCCAGGUUCAACUUGUGGUCGCUGUUGCAGACGUCGUUAUCAUUAUCGACGAGUGGCGCAGCAUUCUACUUCAUGACCGAUACUGAAGAGCAAUACAAAGAGGGCCCUCAUUUCUCGCCUUUGUACUACAACUCGGUGAUUGGAACAGUCGGAGCACUCAUGUCCCUGGUGGGCGUCGCGACAUUCCAGCGCUAUUUCAGCACCUACCGGUACAGGAACCUGCUGCUUGUCACCAACAUUGCCUUCUGCUUCAUGAACGCCCUGGACACUGUCUUGUUCAAGCGCUUGAACGUUAGCAUGGGCAUCCCGGACCAUGCUUUUGUGCUGGGUACCAGCUGCAUGCAGAACGUCCUUAUGCAGUGGCAGUGGAUGCCUCAAGUUAUCAUCCUUUCCUAUUUCUGCCCGCGGGGCAUGGAGGCCACAAUGUAUGCUCUCCUGGCCGGGUGCCACAAUUUGGGCAACACGAUUGCCAGCUGUUGGGGAGCCCUCCUUCUGGAAAUCUUGGACGUCAAUCCGACAGGGUCAGUCGGCGAAUCUGCUCAGUUUGACAACCUUUGGAAGGCUUCGCUGCUUGCUUCCAUGAUGCCUAUCAUCACGGUGGUGGCCCUCUUUCAUUUCAUACCGGAUGUCAAGCAGGGCGAUCCUGUUGUGGACCCUAACGCCGAAGCUACGCAAGGCUCCUUAUGGAGGCAGUUCUGGGAUGCUUAA